GGUCCGAUUCACAAUCUCGCCGAUGAUCGACUAGCUGUCGUUCCUCUCUGCAGUGCGUAGCUAGGACUUUGGAACGCCGUCGUUGUUGAUUUCAGUCUCCGGCAGAGGUAUCGGCGGCGACCAAAAACACAACCAAACAAUUUGACUCAUCUUGGAAAGGAGUGGAGUUGCACAUAAAGAGGGAAACAUUUUAAAAAAAGGAAUUCAAUGAAUGGCGGCGCUUCCACGUCUAGCGGUGUCCGAGCAGCGUUCUCCUACUGCGUCAAACAAGUACGAAGCUACGACUACCACCACUACCUCUGCCUUCUCGAACUCCCCCUUAACAUGAGGAAAUCGGCAUUCGCCCUCCGCGCAUUCAACGUCGAAACCGCAAGAGCGAUGGACGUCGCAUCCGAUCCAAAAAUCGGUCUCAUGCGCCUCCUCUGGUGGCAAGAAGCCAUCGACAAAAUCUAUUCCAACAAGCUCGUCGACCAUCCGGUGGCCCGGGCGCUCGCCCACGUAAUGUCCGAGCACAAGGUCAGCCGGAGCUGGUUAAAACGAUCGGUCGAAGCCCGGAUUAACGACGCCCAACGGGAGAUCACCGACGUUCCGGAAACCAUCGACGAGUUAGAGCGAUACGCUGAGGACACCACGUCGACGAUUUUGUACUCGACGCUCGAAUCGGGCGGGAUUAAAUCGACUGCAGCCGAUCAUGCGGCUUCGCACAUUGGUAAAGCCAGCGGACUCUCGUUGCUUCUCAAAUCUAUUCCGUACCACGCCAACCGGAAUCGAAAUUUUUCGUAUAUACCUGCUGAUGUGGCGGAAAAACACGGGCUACUGGUUAAGCAGGGUGGGGUAUCGGAAGUUCGUGUCGACUCCCGCGAGGGACUGUGCGAUGCCGUGUUUGAGAUGGCGUCGGUUGCCAACGCGCAUCUUCGAAAGGCUCGGGAUUUGGCGGGGACUGUCCCGGAUGAGGCUCGUCGCGUGCUGUUGCCGUCUGUUCCUACACAGAUUGUUCUUGAUGUGUUGAGACGGGUGCAGUUCGACGUGUUCGAUCCGAGGAUGUCUCGGGGAGUUUUGGGGGUUUCUCCUUUAUGGUUCCAGCUGAAACUCAAGUGGUACUCUUUGAGAGGUAAGUAUUGACAGUUUUGUUUUGAUGAUUUUGGGAGUUUUCUUUCUUAUAGUGAAGUUUUUUUUGGAGAGAUUUGGUGAUUUUUUGGUUGUGUUUUGGAUGACAAUUGUAGGUUUGAGUUCGAGGAUCUAAGUUUUGGAAUGUGGUUUCUUUGCU